CGCAUAUCAACACCUGAUUUUCUUUUGAAGAAUUUUGUAUUUUGAAAUUCGUAUUGACUUAAUGCUCAUACAAUUAAUCUGGUGGUCUUAAGUGUGUGGAGUUCGAAGCGCUUAUCGGCGCGUCUAUUCGCUUAUCGCUCCUCCUGUUGCUUGCCCCCCGUUGCUGCAGACUAUCUCGGAAGCGUUGCUUCCUCUCCGCCAUCAUCCUCAACUCGCACUAUCACCACCGCUGCGUUCUAGGUAUGUAUGCGCUCCUUCCUCAUCGCAGUUUUGUUGAUCGUUUGUCUUCAUAUCCCUCGUCUUCCUCCUCCCUGGUUCUCAUCUCUUCUCUUUGCCCUUGCGACCGAGCUCGCAUCCUGCAUUUGGCUCCAAGCCGUCUACUUCGUUUCGCCAUUCUACCUCUCCGUACAGAUUGUAUGCAAAACUCUCUCGACACUCGAAUUCCUCUUGAUCCUCUCCGUGAAGACCAUCAGGUGUCUCCUUAUAAAGACAUCCUCCUUAAUCCUCUAUGUCACCAGCAUCGUGACUCGUAUUGAGCACUUCCUCGAAUCGAAGAUGGAGCCAAAAGCUGCCGAGCUGCUAGCAGUCCUUAAAAACAACAACCUUGCGAUUGACGUCAAGGUCAGCCACCUUCUCGGCAUCAAAUCUGAUAUCAAGCAGAAAAACGUACCCGAUGCUGCAAUAAGCCUUAUCUUCGAGUGCCUACGUUUAGCAAUCGGGUCGCAUCAUUCCGGCCUCUAUGCAGCCGGUUUCUCUACGCUUGGCCACUUCCUGAAGCGGCUGUUCAUACAAGACCAGCCCAAUCUUAUCUCGGCGCAUGCCCGCCAUUUCUAUCCCAUACUUCUUGAGCGCCUAGGCGAUCACAAGGAGCGUGUCCGCUCACAAGCUGCUCAAAUAUUUACCGACUUAUGGCCAGCUGCAGGCCCCGAAGUAGAGCAUUAUGUGCUCGAGGUAGCCUUGACGGGAAAGAAUCCUAAGGCGAAAGAGAUGAGCUUACUCUGGCUAUCUAAUAUGUCGAAGAACCACGGACUGCUGUUCCGCUCGUAUGUUCCGAGCCUAGUUUCGUGCCUUGAAGACGCCGACAGUGUCGUUAGAGACACAGCAAAGUCAACGACGGUGGAGCUCUUCCGGAGCGCGCCUGCGCGAGCUAAAUCAGACUUAACCAAGGAAAUGUCCACUCAAAACGUUCGUAAAUCGAUCGUGAAUGCCAUCAUCGCGAAUAUCGGACUCGAGGAUGAUGCUUCAGUUGCAAUUGCUCGCCCACUCUCACGAACGGAACCACGGCCUACCUCCCGGGUAGAAACCCAGCCCCCACGUCCGGUCUCUCGGGUAGAGGUCGUGCGCCAGCGACCUCCAGCCGUGUCUCACUCGCAUCCCCCCUCCCCCCCUGAAUUACCUGUAGAGCCUAUACCUAUCUUGAUAGAAUCGGAGCCCAUUAAACGCCGCCCUGGCUCAUCGAAGAGCGAACAGGAACAGAGCAACAUGACUGAACUCGAUGGGAACGAAGUGCUGCCUUUCCUGGCGCGGUAUGAAGAGGGUGACUCUAUCAAGCCACUUAAGACUGGCUCAGGCAAGCACAUCGAUAGCCUUUUCCGUGCCAUGGCCCCCGCUUUCGAGGGUCGCGAGACUGAACAGAAUUGGAUACUCCGAGAGAAAUACAUGACCGCCUUACGCCAACUUACCUACGGCAACAGUCCCCGGGACUUUCCCCAGCAUUUCUAUGCUGGGAUCAAGUCCCUUCUCGAUGGCAUUUUCAAGACUGUCACCUCCCUUCGCACCACUACAUCUGCCAAUGGCUGUCUUUUAAUCCAGGAUCUUGCUAAAGUUUGUGGGCCAAAGUUGGAUCCAAUGGUCGAGAUUAUGAUGCAAAAUUUGAUUAAACUCUGUAGCGGCAUGAAGAAAAUCAGCACCCAGAAUGGUAACCUCUGCGUCGAUGCACUUCUGGCUAAUGUGUCCUACACUCCACGCCUUUUGCAUCACGUCACGCGCGCAUGCGAGGAUAAAAAUCUCCAGUUACGUCUCUAUGCUGCAGGGUGGUUGAAAACCUUGAUCAACAAGCAGGCUCGUCACAAGAGCUCCAUUGAGCAUGGCGGUGGCUUGAAUACGAUUGAGAAGACCAUGAAGAAUGGGUUCUCCGAUGCUAAUCCUGGUGUCAGGGAAGCGAUGCGGGGCGUCUUCUGGACAUUUUACCGGGUGUGGCCUACUAAAGGCGAUGGUAUGCUAUCUGAUCUCGACCACAAAACCCGCUCCCUCCUAGAGAAGGAUCCGGCGAAUCCCAUUCCCGGACAGACAGGAUCACAGAGCUCACCUGGAAAGGGCACGCCAUCUAGUCGGUCAACUCUAAAAGAAGCCAUAGCGGCACACAAGAAAGCUUAUGUUGCGGCGGCUAAGGGGUUACCUCCCCGACCAGAAUCUGCUCAGUCGUCGUUCUCUGCAACAAAACCGACUGAUUUACCGGCAAAAGCAACUAAUGCACGCACUGUUCCUACAGCCGCACCAGUUUCAUCACUAUCAUCAGCCCCUAUGCGACCUGGCGCGAAGGCUCGCCGACCCGAAUUGGCGCGCCCCGCAACCGCCGACCCGUAUGCUUCGCGCAGAUCGGCUGCGACUGAUACGCGCCCCAAGACACCCGCACCCGCACCCGCACCCGCUGAGGGCUCUCCAAGGUUGAGACACAAGAAGAGUACACCCCUGAAGCCGCUGAGCGUCGUCCGCACCCGGCCUAAAGCAGACCUCGCGCAGCCAGCUAGCGCUAAGAUUAAGACCGCUGAAGAUGAAGCUCGCAAAGCACGCCAAUUUCAAAGAUUGGCUAAAUUGGACAACUUCACCAUCCAGAAGAUCCCUGACAGUCGCGAUGCCGGCUUCCAUGUUACAGCCGCGGUUCCACAACCACAUCUGGACCACUGGCCCGAAGACCUGGAUGAGAGUCCGUUUCCAUCGGAUGUUCUUCAGACUACGCCGGACCAUCAGCUGCACCCGUCUAAUGCGAAUAACGAAAGCAAAGUUCCUGACUCUUACCCCCCCAAGGAGUAUAGGUUUGUGCCUAUCUUUGAUGAUCGAUCCUCGACUACGGAUAAUGCUUUACACUCGUCUAAUGUGAUUAAUAACGAAAACAAAGUUUCUGAGUCUCCCCCCACUAAGGAGCAUGCCCAUGUGCCUAUCUUUGAUGAUCAAUUCUCGCCUAAGGACAACGCUUUGGGUGAAUUACCAACCAAUGAACCGGAUCUUCAGUCUACACCGGACCACCUGCUGCACUCGUCUAGUGCGAUUAAUAACGAAAACAAAGUUCCCGAAUCUCCCCCCACAAAGGAGCAUGCCCAUAUGCCUAUCUUUGAUGAUCAAUCGUCGUCUAAGGAUAACGCUUUACACUCGUCUAAUGCAAUGAAGAACAAAAACACAGUUUCGGAGUCUACCCCCCCUAAGCAGAAUGCUUCUAUGCCUAUACUUGAUGAUCGAUCAUUGUCUAGGGACAACGCUUUAGGUGAAUUGCCAUCUAAUGAAUCGGAUCAUCGCGAUAACAAAGCAAUUGAUCCUUUUACUACGCCUCGACAAGAUCGGCAGCCCAACACGCCGAUCAUGAUCAAACGGAGUCUUAGCCUACGCUCACAGCAACUCCCUAAUGCGCAAGAGAUAGUCCGGGUUGCGGGCCAACGAAUUCGAUCGAAAGCAUUGGAUCUUUUCGCAUACCGAAAGCUCCAAAAUAUCAUUGUCUUUCACGGUGAGAGCCUUUUCGAUCAAUCGGUGUUUGAUGACUUAUGUCAGGCUCUCUUGGAGGAGCUGCGGAGUGAGUCUGACUCUAGGUCAAAAAGUCAUGGGGAUUAUACGGACCUGAAAAACCAGGUUCUUCUUACAGUCCGACGGUUGCAUAUUAAAUGCCCCAAUUUCUUCGGGCCUUACUGCCCUCAGGCAUUAACCGCCGUUCUUGAUGCGAUCAGAUAUUUCGAAUCGUACUGUUGGAUUGUCACGGAUCUCCAGUACUUUGCGGGCGAAUUAGUCCGCCUAUGCGAGAAACGAGCGUUUACAGUCAUGCUAGACACGCUCGUGGAUUAUGCACAUAAGGGGACGCGGGACGACCGAGGUUAUCGGGCGAUCCUCACGGCCCUCACUUUACUUACUGAACUUAUGGAUGAGGCAAUUCAAGAUACGAGAUGUUUCCCCAGCGAGAUCUUGGAAAAAAUUGGCUCCUUUGUCAUCACAGACCUUCUUCAGGGACCCACCCCGGCCAGGCGGCAGGCAAUACAGCUGUGCGUUAAAUUGCACAGAAUGGCUUUUGAUAAGCAUGGAUUUGACGAUGGCAGUUUUUGGGGAUAUAUCGGUAACCCCAACCCGGUCACGCGCAACUUAGUGGCGUAUUAUGUUGUGCGAGGAAAUGAGUAGAUUAUCGAGGGUGGAUAUCCAAUUUUUUUAUUUUUUAUUUUUUAUUUUUUUCGCUGUUGGUUGUUCUAGUUUUGUUUUGGUUUUGUUUUGGGAUUCGAAAACGGCCGUGGGCUAGGCUAUAUACCAUUACGUCUGUAUUUUUUAAACCAAUAGUUUAAAAUGGAAG